AUGCAAGAUGCUUUGGGUUGGGCCAAGAGCGCCAUCACUUCCAAAGAGGGUGCAGAACUCAAAUCCGAAGCAGCAAAAUUGGCGCUCAAGGCCAAAACGGCGUUUGAGCAUCAAGAUACACACGAGCUCAAAGAGGGAGCAGCCGAUUUCAUGGGCAAGUUGAAGGAGCUUUGGGACCAGAAUGCCGACGAGGAGAUGAAGAUGAAGGCGGCGGUCCUUCUGAACAAAGCAAAACAGACUUUGGAGGCGAAGGGUGUGAAGGACUUGCCAGAAAAAGUCGCAGCAGUCGAGAAGCAGCUAGAGGCAGCCAAGGAUAACUUGGCCGCAGACAACGUUGAUUUGGCUGAGUUAGCAUCUGCUCGAGGCGGUAACCUACAGGGAAAGGCGGCUGGGCUGUUGAAGAUGGCAAUGAAGAAGCCUGAGACGGAGCUCCUUGCGAACAAGGCGGCUGAAACCUUGGAGAAGCUGAAGGCUUCAGUUGGCCUGGUCAGCGAGAUCGCUUACGAGUGCAGAGAGAUCUUCGAGCUGGCUAAUGCCGGAGGCAUAAGCGGUUCGGUGGCAGCCACAGGCAAGCUUGACAUGUUAACACAAGAGGUCGACUGGAGGAAGAUUGCAGAUCUUGCGAAGGACCUCUUGUCGCUCUUGGAGGAGGAAUGGCCAGAGGUAAUCGCCUGGUUGGUGGUGGGCUCCGGCCCUGCCUGGGUGCUGUACGUUGUUGUCGUGCGAAGGCCUCGGAGCAGUGCAGCGGCGGCGGUCGCUUGGGCGACGUGGCUUGCUGUGCAGGUUUCAACCCAGGGCUUUGGUGCCCUGGAUGUGACAAGGAAGCGCGCGCUUGUGGCACUGCAGGCUACGCAUGAGGUUGCGCAGAAGUCUGUUGUGAUGGUGGAGGCAUGGAUUAUCGUUUUUCUUCCAUUCGUUGCGGAUCUGUGGAGGCACUCUCGCAGUGCCUGGAAUGCCCUCAGCUUGCCAGCUCGGCUUGUACUGGUCGGCGUGCCGGUGGGUCUGUACCUGACAGCCCUGGUUGUCGGGAGGAUUAUCAGAGCUUGCCGUCGAAGAAAGGAAGGUUUGCGCAAAGCAAUCAAGUCUGUUUUGUUCCACGGCUCUUUUGUCAUGGCAUGCCCUUUGCUUUGGUUCUCCACAGGACGUGUCUCUAUCUGGUGGCUGAACGUCUUGCUGACCCAUGUGCUCACAACAGUGCCAACCAUGGGCUCACUGGUUGCCCUCGGCUGGCAGCCACUCUUCGACAGAGGGGCUGGCACGGCCUCAGCGACAGCAAUCGAGGAUGUUCAGGGGCAUCCUGCGCUGCCCUGGAGAGCUCUGGGCGAAGCCAACAGCAUGGGGACCUUGGAGGCCGCUUCGACUGCAAUGCGGCCGCGAAGACGAAGCCAUAGGAGGGGUGCCGUCGACACGCCUGCUGCUAGACCAGUUGCCUCGCCGAGUUCGCUUCGGCUAUGGCUUUCUUAUUGGGCUUCCUGGCCACUCCUUCAGCUCCUUGAGCAAGGAUUGCCUUCCCUGCUGGAGCUGCAAGUUCUCGGUGUCAAGCAGGUGGCUGAAGUGCAAUCGCAGUUGAGGAGAGCUCUCAUAGUGUAUGUGCUUUGGCUUCUGGUGUGGAAGGGGAGCCGUAUUCAGCUCGCUGUCCUGCGAUGCACACUUAGACGCUGCCGGUUGCUGGAGAUCCUUCCGGGCCUCUUGGGAGUUCACGGACUUCAGAUUCUAAACAUGCUGCGAGGUGGAAGCGAGGGCGUGCCAGUGCCGUCCACCGCUAACAUGUUCCUGGCGUUUCAAAGCAUCUUCAGGCGUGGCUGGCGUAUAUUGGCAGCCGGCGCAGCUGCCUCGGUUAUGCUGGUGGCAUCAGUAGUGCUGUUCUAUCGGCUGGUCAGCGUUACCAACAGAGCUCUCACAGCGCUAAUCUGGGUCUUUGCAGCAAUGGAUACCGCAGACACCUUGGCUGCUGAUGCCGGCGAGAUUCUGCUGGCAAGGAAGCUCGCAUUCUGGGCUGUGGCGAUGCUGUGGUCUGCGCUGGUGCAGCUCCCCUUCGUUGGAGUUGGGCUCAGGUUGUUCACUCCCGUCGUGUUUGCCUUGCUCAUGGUGGCCAGUGAGACCAUCUUGAGACGUAGUGCAGCCGCUGCUGGAGCUUCUGACGGCACGUUUGUGUCGGCUCCUGUCGCUUGUGAAGCGGAGGAUGUCAGGGAUGACAACUGCGCUGUGGAACAUGCCGAUGUGGUUACUCAAGUGCCUGACUUCCAAAGCCUCCAGGCUGGCUUCCAGAAGCAGAUAUUGAUCGAAGCCAGUUCUACCACGGAUGCGCAUUCGGCUCCAUCAAACCCGGCGCGAAGCCCAUCCGACCCGAGUGCGCUGGACCUGGUGAACUCCUACGACAAGACGACAGCAGGAAGCAAACACUUCGGUGACCCGGUGCUCGUAGCGAUGGGCCCGCUUUGGGUGAGCGCGGAUGCCGGAAAGGUCUUUCAGACACUUGGCCAGUGCCGUGCAGAAGCUAGCAGGCGUGAGCUGGUUGCUAAAACCGGUGAGACUGAAGAUGCUGAUGAGGCAUGGAAGCAAGCCUCAAUCACACUGUGGUCGGUGGCACUCUGUGACUAUAAUACAGCAAUCGAACCAAAAGAGGGUACAGUCCUGCCGGUCAUGACGUUGUCGCUUGAGUCGCGAUUGCAGAAAACCGCCGGCAGUGCAAGCAGUGAUUGGGGAAGUGGCGGAGAAGAGGGUGCCAAGGCAGCUUUGGAGAAAGCACGCGAGUCCAAAGACUCGUCCAAAGAAGCUCAAGCGCUUCUGAACCUCGCGGCUUUGCAGGCUAAAACUUGGGCUGCAUCCGGAGCAAAGUCUGCUUUGCGUCCAAUUGGUGACUUCUUAGAAACUUCCCUUGCGCUCUUCGAGAAAGAGAAGGACCACAGCGGCGAAGCUGUCGCCUGCAACAUGCUCGCGAACUUCUACAUCCUGCUGGGUCAAGCCAAAGAUGCUGUGAGGAUGGUUAAGCAGGGGCUCACUGCCACUCGGGCUCUGAAUAGCCGGUUGCAUGAAGUUCCCCUCCUCCAGACCCUGAUGGCGGCGAGCUUCUUGCGGAGCGACGCAGACGAAUCGCUUCGUGCCAGCUGCGAGAUCGCCACAAUCUGCAGAGCUUCGAAAGCUUCGGCCGUGGCAUGUGCGCUCGCGGAUGCUUGCACAGCGCAGGCACAUCUUGCCAAUGACGAGCAAGGGCAAGCCCAACGACUAGCUGAGGCUGCGCUUAAGGCAUGCAAGGAUGCCAAAGACGUCGAUGGCGAGAUUCUUGUGCUAGGCGCCUUGCAGGAGAUUGCCUUUGUUAUUGGCAAGCCUGUAUCCGCGCUGAAAGCUGCACAAGACUUGCUUGAGAAGGAGCGUAAACGUGGGAUCAAGGAGGCAAUUGCCAGAGCACAUCUCCUGGUCUCCGUAUCAGAUGCAACUGCAGCGUCAUCUAGCGAUCUGGCCAAGCAGGCCAAAGAGCAGUACGCAUCGCUGAAGGGCUCUUCAGUGGGUGAGGGCCUGGCGCUGGUGUCUUUGGCCAGGGCCUAUUUCGCUCUCGGAAAAACCAAAGAGGCUGAAAGCGCUGCCAAGGAGGCAAUGGCAUCCUUUGCUUCGGAAGUUGGGCAAGGUUUCGCAAGUUGCCUCUUGGCACUCGCACAGCUCCGCCUGGAGGAUGCUGUGGCAGCGGAGCGCCUGGCGCGAGAAGCUUUGGGACUUUUCCAGGAUGGACACCACCGGGUCGGACAGGCAUUGGCAGAGCUGCUUGUCAGGAGCCCCGCUUUCAGAGCGGUACAGUUCUCUCCUCCCAGACGAUUCUCACAAACCCAUUGA